ACCGGCGACCGAGCGGGCCCGGCCCGCGCGGGGGAGGGUUCAGCGCGGCGGGGCCGCCGAGGAGCUGCCCGCGCCUCCUCCCGCCCCGCAGCGCCCCGCAGCGCCAUGGCCGCCCGCCGCCCGCCGCCGCCAAGUCGCGUCGCGCUUUAUUUUUGGCUCGGGGGCGGCCGGCAGCGCUGAGCAGCGGCGGCUCCGCGGCUCCCGGGCCCUCCCGGCCGCUGCGCUUCGGCCCCGGGCCCGCGGGACAGACCCGCAGCGAGGUGAGAGCGGCGGCGCGGGAAGGGGCCGGGGAGCCCGUGGGGUCGGAGCUGCCCCGGAACGCCUGCUUUCGCCCCUUUCCAGCAGCAGAGGAGCCCGAAGUGCCACCAGGCAGGAGCCAGAGAUGACCAAGGAAGAAGACCUACCAGACUGGAACUCAUCCAAGGAGUUUUAUGAAAAAUAUGAGCCGAAGGAGGUUUUGGGCAGGGGGGUGAGCAGCGUCGUCCGUCGCUGCAUCCACAAGGCCACCCGGCAGGAAUACGCCGUGAAGAUCAUCGACAUCACGGCGGGAAACAUCUCCCCCCGGGAGGUGCAGGAGCUGCGAGAAGCCACCGCCAAGGAGAUCGACAUUCUCCGGAAAGUCUCGGGCCACCCCAACGUCAUCCAGCUGAAGGACAGCUAUGAAUCCAGCACCUUCUUCUUCUUGGUGUUUGACCUGAUGAAGAGAGGGGAGCUCUUCGACUACCUCACCGAGAAAGUCACCUUGAGCGAGAAGGAAACUAGGAAGAUCAUGCGGGCGCUGCUGGAAGUGAUCCAGUACCUCCACUCCAUCAACAUCGUCCACCGGGACCUGAAGCCGGAGAACAUCCUCCUGGAUGACAACAUGAACAUCAAGCUGACAGACUUCGGGUUCUCCUGCCAGCUGCGUGAGAACGAGAUGCUCAAAGAGAUCUGUGGCACCCCUGGCUACCUGGCCCCCGAGAUCCUCCAGUGCUCCAUGGAUGAUGAGCACCAAGGCUACGGGAAGGAGGUCGAUAUGUGGAGCACUGGGGUGAUCAUGUACACCUUGCUGGCCGGCUCACCGCCCUUCUGGCACCGCAAGCAGAUGCUGAUGCUGCGGAUGAUCAUGAACGGGGAUUACCAGUUCAGCUCCCCGGAGUGGGACGACCGCUCCGACACCGUCAAGGACCUGAUCUCCCGGUUCCUGGUGGUGGACCCACGGCAGCGGUACACGGCCAGCGAGGCGCUGGCCCACCCCUUCUUCCAGCAGUACGACGUGGAGGAGGUUCGGCACUUCAGCCCCUUCCGGAAGUUCAAGGUGAUCUGCCUGACCGUCCUGGCCUCGGUGCGGAUCUACUACCAGUACCGGCUGGUGAAGGCGGUGACGCGGGAGCUGGUGGUGCGGGACCCCUACGCGCUGAAGCCGGUGCGCAAGCUGAUCGACGCCUGCGCCUUCCGCACAUACCGGCACUGGGUGAAGAAGGGGGAGGCCCAGAACAGAGCUGCCCUCUUUGAGAACACCUGCAAGGCCAUUCUGCUGACCCUGGCAGCCGAGGAAGGGCUGUUCUGAUCGCCGCCACCUAAGCUGGGAGUUUAGGCAAGUAAAAUCUUUGAGAACCAACCCAAAAA